AUGGAUCAGAUCAAACAACAAAACAUGAUACAACAAUUCAAAGGCCACACAAGGUUGCCGAAUUUCGCAAUCCCGAAAAGAUAUGAUCUUCAUCUGAAUACUGAUCUUUCUGCUUCUACCUUUUCCGGCACUGUUCUCAUUGAUCUUAAAGUCGUUGAAGCCACCAAAGUUCUUGUUCUGAAUUCUCUUGAGCUUCAUGUUCAUGAAGUUUGCUUCACAAGCUCUUCCAACCAAUGCCGUCCGAGUGACGUCAUUUUGGACGGCGAGGAUGAAAUACUUGUGCUGGUGUUUGAGGAAGUGCUUAGUGUUGGUGAAGGAGUUUUGAGGAUUGAGUUUUCUGCUGUCCUUAAUGAGUACUUAAAAGGUACUUACUUGGAUGGAGAGGAGAAGAAGAACAUGGCAGUUACUCAGUUUGAAGCUGUGGAUGCAAGGCGGUGUUUUCCAUGCUGGGACGAACCUGCUCUUAAGGCUACAUUUAAAAUAACACUAGAUGUACCACAGGAGUUGAUGGCAUUGUCCAAUAUGCCAAUUGUUGAAGAAAAGCUUAAUGGAAAGGUCAAAACCUUAUACUUUGAGGAGUCUCCUAUCAUGUCAACGUAUCUAGUGGGGAUUGUUAUUGGUCUAUUUGAUUAUGUUGAAGAUACAACAGCUGAUGGGGUUAAAGUACGAGUAUAUUGCCCGGUUGGGAAAAGUGACAAAGGGCAGUUUGCUCUAGAGGUUGCAGUCAAGACACUUGAGCUAUACACCAAGUACUUCUCAAUGUGCUACCCGCUCCCCAAGCUCGACUUGGUUGCAGUUCCUGAGUUUGCAGCUGGGGCAAUGGAGAAUUAUGGGUUGAUCGUGUACCGUGAGAAUGAAUUGCUUUAUGAUCCGUUGCAUUCCACAACUGCUAGGAAACAAAGAAAUGCGAUAGUGGCAGCACAUGAAGUAGCCCACCAAUGGUUUGGUAACCUGGUGACAAUGGAAUGGUGGACUCAUUUGUGGCUUAAUGAGGGUUUUGCAACAUGGGUAAGUUAUAUGGCAACUGAUAUGUUGUUUCCCGAGUGGAAAAUAUGGACUCAAUUUCUCGACUUCUACAGUGAUGGCCUAGGCAUGGAUGCACUUGAACAAUCACAUCCAAUUGAGGUGGAGAUACACCAUGCUCGCUCCAUUGAGCAAAUCUUUGAUGCUAUCAGCUAUAACAAAGGGUCGGCGCUUAUCCGAAUGCUGCAGAGUUAUCUUGGAGAUGAGUUAUUUCAGAAAUCUUUGAGUUCAUACAUUAAAAGAUAUGCGGAAAAGAAUGCAAAGACUGAAGAUUUAUGGGUAGUUCUUUCAGAGGAAUCUGGUAUUAAAGUUGAGUCACUUAUGGAUGCUUGGACCAAGGCAAAAGGAUACCCUGUUAUCUCUGUAAAAACUAAGGGCCAUACAUUAGAAUUUCAGCAGGCACAGUUUCAGUCAUCUGGAUUACAUGGUGAUGGACAAUGGAUUAUUCCAAUAACCUUGGCCGUUGGUUUGUAUAAAAAAAACAAGAAUUUUCUUCUGGAAACUAAGUUCGGAGAAGUAGACGUGUCUGAUCUGGUUCAUUCUAUUGAUGGAAAUUCUAGUUCAUUGAAUGAAAAAAUAGAAGAGCAAUUUGGUGAACAUUUAUGGAUCAAAGUUAAUGUUGAUCAAAGUGGUUUCUACAGGGUAAAGUAUGAUGAUAAUCUAGAAGCUCGCCUGAGGAAAGCAGUAGAGAACAACAGUUUGUCAGCUAUUGAUAAAUUUGGCAUUUUGGAUGAUGCAUACGCUCUUUGUGUGUCCGGCGAACGAUCAUUGUCAUCUUUGCUUUCCUUGAUUAAAGUGUACAAAAGAGAGAUUGAUUAUGUUGUUCUGUCAAAACUCAUUGAUACUUGCUAUGAUGUAGUGGAGAUUGUAAGCGAAGCCAUUCCGGACAUAACAAAUGAACUGAAACAAUUCUUUAUUAAUCUUCUCCUGUUUCCAGCAGAGAAAUUAGGUUGGGAAGCAAUACCUGGAGAGAGCCACUUCAAUAGGCUAUUGAGGGGAGAAGUCCUUCAAGCCUUGGCAUUUUUGGGCCAGGAAGGCACACACAGAGAAGGAUUACAACGAUUUCAGUCAUUCUUAUAUGACAGAAAUACGCCACUUCUAUCGGCUGAUACAAGAGAUGCUGCUUAUAUUGUCGUUAUGAGGAACUGUAGCAGCUCAAACAGGGAAAGCUUUGAAUCCAUAUUAGAUGUUUAUAGAGAACCAAAUACGGUACUUCAAGUGAAGGAACGCAUUCUACGUUGGUUGGCAUCGUGUCCAGACCCGAAUAUAGUUGUUGAGAUUCUCAACUUUUUCGUGUCCGAGGAGGUCCGAGAUCAGGAUAUUAUAUAUGGACUUUAUCGUAUAAGCUUUGAGUGCCGUGAAGUAGCAUGGAAAUGGUUGAAGGAGAAGUGGGACAUGAUAUUGGCAAGAUAUGGAAGUGGAAUACUACUCACCCACUUCAUUAUGGGCAUUGUCACUCCACUUUGCAGCGAUGGAAAGGCUGAAGAGGUGGAAGCAUUUUUCGCAAACCGCACAUAUCCUUCAAUUGCUAUGACUUUAAAGAAAAGCAUUGAGAAGAUCCGGAUCAGAGCAAGGUGGGUUCACAACAUAAGGGAAGAACAUGAUUCUGAUCUUCUACACUUAGUUAUGCAAUUGGCUGCACCAACAAACUGAUACUGCAUUGUCACAAUUUCAACACUUAUGCGUGCUAAUUGUAUAUUCAACAGCUAGGAUAAAGAGAGAGAACCACAUUUUAGUACUUAUAGCAAUAUUGUUGUACAUAUAAUGUUUUAUAUGCAUGAACAUUAUGUUGUGCUUCAAUGGUUCUGAUCAACCGGAAGUAUUUCGUCUCCAGUGCUAGUUGUAUCUUGGUUGAUGGAGUAUCCGGAAUCAUAUGCUGAUGUGAUCAUGCCAUAUCUCUCUCCAAGACUGCUAAUUCUUUCGUGAACUUGAAGCAUUGUUGGCCUUUGAUUUGGAAAUGGCUGCACACACUCAGUUGCUACUCUUAGGACCUCCAUGAUCUCAUAAUCAAAUCCUUGUCCACA